CACAGAGAGAAAAAUAAAAAAGGUAUUGUCGGUGAUUUAUAUAUACUUUACAAUAAACCACCACUUCCUCUGAAACCCUAGACUGAAGAAAUCGCCGUCCUUUCCAGAAACAUCUUAUCUAAACUCUUCGCUUCAUUACAAGAUCUGAUGAAACUGGAUCAGAUCGUACUCUAGAUCCAGAUGCUAUUAGAGUUGUUCACUCGGAUCCAUCAUCACCAUCGUCAUCAUCAUCAUUAUUAUGUCUCUUUUUCUGAAGGACGAUUCGAUUCAAAUCCGUGAAGUAUGGAACGACAAUCUCGAAUCAGAAAUGGCUUUGAUUCGAGAAGUCGUCGACGAUUUCCCAUUCGUAGCAAUGGACACAGAGUUCCCAGGGAUUGUGUGUAGACCAGUCGGAUCAUUCAAAACCAACACAGAGUAUCACUACGAAACGCUUAAAACAAACGUCAACAUUCUCAAGAUGAUUCAGCUAGGUCUCACUUUCUCUGAUGAGAAAGGCAACCUCCCAACUUGUGGAACUGACAACAAAUACUGUAUCUGGCAGUUCAAUUUCCGCGAAUUCGACCUCGAAUCCGACAUUUUCGCCACCGAUUCUAUCGAGCUUCUACGUCAAUCGGGCAUCGAUUUCGCGAAAAACAACCAGAUGGGGAUCGAUUCGAAACGUUUCGCCGAGCUCCUGAUGUCUUCAGGGAUUGUGUUGAAUGAAAAUGUCCAUUGGGUUACAUUCCACAGCGGGUACGAUUUCGGUUACUUGUUGAAGCUCCUGACUUGUCAGAAUCUGCCUGAGACGCAGACGGGUUUCUUCGAGAUGAUCAAUGUGUAUUUCCCGAGAGUUUACGAUAUCAAACACUUGAUGAAGUUCUGUAACAGUCUUCAUGGAGGCCUGAACAAAUUGGCUGAGCUGCUCGAAGUUGAGAGAGUUGGGAUAUGUCACCAGGCGGGAUCGGAUAGCUUGUUGACGUCGUGUACAUUCAGGAAGCUGCAGGAGAAUUUCUUCAUUGGUUCCAUGGAGAAGUAUUCUGGUGUUUUGUAUGGAUUAGGUGUUGAGAAUGGUCAGAUUGUUCAUUGAUUAAAAUAAAAAAAGUUUCUAAAUUAAUAUGAUAAGUUCUGUGUUCUUUAUUUAGAUUCA